UCUCCUAUAUAUUAGAGAUAGCGUUUCGCUACUGUAUUAUCUAGACUCUAACAUCUUCUCUCUUGAAGAUUUUCGGCUAUUUUCUUCAUUUGAUUUCGGCUAUUUUUCCUUUUUAUUCUGUUUUAUUUUCUGUUCAAAGGAAGAUUAUACUUUUGUUUAUUGAUCACCAUGUCUUAUUCUCAUCCACACCCUCCGAUCCGUCACCACCACCACUACCAACACCGACACCAACAUCAGCAACAUAGUUCGAGACUUUUGGGAUCAUUGCCGCCAUCCUAUAGGAUUGGGUUCAAUCUGAGUUAUCAACACCAAAGAAAUGCGACAAUUCCACAACAGAAUUCUACCGCCGGUAGAUUUCAGUUUCAAGACGGUGUUGAUGUUCCAACAUCUAGGGUUAGGGUUCUUCCCAACAGUACGAGUACGCUUCAGUUUCAAGAAGGUGUUGCCGUGGUGGAUGAUGUUUCAGCCUCUAGGAUUAGGGUUCUUCCCAUUACUACAAUUACUGCUCAAGCUCAAGAAGAUGUUGCCAUGAUGCGUGAUAUAUUAUCGCGAUUACGUCCGUUAUCAAUAUCAGCAUGUACGAGGACACGAGUUCACCAUCAAUCAACAACCUCUUCAUGUUUCAACGGUUCUGGAGGAAAUCUGGAAAAGGAGAACGACUCUUGCAUUAUCUGCCAAGCUGAGUACAAGACGCUGGAAAAGAUCGGAAUAUUGGAGUGUGGACACGAAUACCAUGUAGAAUGCGUUAAGCAGUGGCUCCUGAUUAAUAAAACCUGUCCAAUUUGCAGACGACCAGCUCUUCCAUAAUCUUAAAGGAAUUGAAGGACAGCUGAAGUAUUUAUUAAUCCUGGCAAACCAACUGG